AUGGGGACUACUUAUGACUAUACAUAUGAAUAUGAAGUAACAGAUACAAAUAGACAUCAUCGUACUACUGGCGGAAAUGGUGGAAAUUAUUCUCAACGAGCAGUUGGACAUCAACCACAUUAUGGAGUAUCUCUUCCACAUGCAAGUCGUACAGACAUGAUGGAUUCAUUAGCCAAUUUACAACAUGAUCGUAUAUGGCACAAACUUUAUGAUCCACUUGAUAUGAACAAAACAACACAUGAAACUGAAAUUCAGUAUGCACAAAAACAGAAUGAUCACAAAAUGGCUCGUCGUCAAGACCGUAAAGUGAUUAAAAUUGAAGCGGCCUAUGGAUCAGAUCGUCAAACAUUUAUUGUUAAACGUAAUUAUGAUUUACGUGUACGUGAUGUUCAAGAAGAUGCAGCAACCACAUUUCGAAUACCUAUUGAUCAAUUAAUUCUUUAUUGGAAGGGUCGAAAUAUUUGUGACACACCUAAUGAACUUUUGGAAACCUUAGGAAUUGAAAAUAAUCAUACAAUGCGUGUUUGUCGAGGAGAUGAUCAAGCACAACAACAUAGACAACGAGAAUUACGUUCUUAUGCUACAACGGAUCAACAAUAUUCAUCAUCAAAUGAUAUUUAUAGACAACAACAACAGCAACAACCUUAUUACCCUCAAUAUCAACAACAAGUUUAUUCAAAUUAUCCAACAAUGUAUGAUCAACAACAACAACAAUAUAUGACUAGUCCACGCGCUAACUAUUAUCAACAAUUGACUAGUCCAAAUAUAUCGGGUCCUGUUGCUGCUACUUAUGUAACCAAUUUACAAAUCGGUUUUGGUGAUCGUGUUGAAGGUCUUGUUAUUGGUCGACCACAUCCAGUAACAGUUUAUGAUUUACAAGUUGAACUACAACAACGUUUUAAUAUUCCACUACUUGAACAAAAUGUUUCAUAUAAUGGUAUGUCAUUAAAGCAAUUUUCACCUGAUAUUUCGCUUGAUGCAAUUGGAAUCGUUAAUAAUUCAUUUAUUUCCCUUUGGUAUAAAAAUUUGAUUCCCCAAAAUCAACAACCAUCAAACGAUUAUUAUUCUCCAAGACAACAAGUGCCAGUACCAUAUUCUAACGAUGGAUCUCAAACACCACGUAGUAGUGAUAUGUCAUCAAGGUAA